AUGAGAUUAUCUACAUUCGUUACUGCCGCUAUUGCUUCUUUUGCCGGUGUUGCUUCUGCCGAAGACGUUUCUUGUUACGUUAACGGUCAAGCUGUUGACACUGUUGACUUGGACACUGGUGUCUGUCAAUUCCCAAUCCCAGAAAGAUUACCAACUUUGUUCCAAUUCACUUCUUGGGAAGAUUACAAGGUUAUUUUCUACUACGUUACUGUCUUCAGCAGAAAGUACUUUAACGACAUUGCCAACGCCGGUAGACAAAUUGGUAUCCCAGCUAACUUAUUAUACCAAGAUGCUGCUGUUAGGUUGUUUGGUGUUGCUGCUGUCAAGGAACCUGCUACAAACUCCACUGCUUUCUUGAGAAAGAGAUUCCACCAAGAUACUGAAAACUUGUUCAAGAGAGAUGACCUCAGUGACUUCCUUGCUUACUUGCAAAACUUGACUGGUACUGAAAUCAGCACAUCCGACACUAACGUUGAAUUUUCUGUUGGUGCUCCAGUUUCUUCUAGUACUGCUACUUCUGUUCCAGCCACUUCUGUUCCAGCUACCACUGAACCUACCACUGAAGCCACUACUCCAGCCACCACUGAACCUACUACUGAAGCCACUACCCCAGCUACCACUGAACCUACUACUGAAGCUUCUACCCCAGCUACCACUGAACCUACUACUGAAGCUUCUACCCCAGCCACCACUGAACCUACUACUGAAGCUACUACCCCAGUUACCACUGAAGCUCCAGCUACUUCCACUGAAACUCUUUCUUCUACUACUCUUGUCACCAUUACUUCUUGUUCCGACGAUGCUUGUCAUGCUGUUGUUGUUCCAGCCACCACCACCGUCUGCACUUCUGCUGUCGCUCCAUCUGAAACCACCAUCUACACCACUGUCUGUCCAGUUGAAUCUGCUACUCCAGUUUCUACUGUCUCAACUAUCACCACCUUGGUUGUCACCACCUGUACUCAAUACACUUGUACUGCUGUUGUCGUCCCAGCUACCUCCACUGCUGUCACUACUGAAGCUAAGGGUUCCACCGUUAUCUACACUUCUUUGGCCCCAGUUUCUUCUACUGUUCUUUCUACUGUCACAGUCACCACUAUGACUCCUAAAACCGAAGCCGCUUCUACUGCUGCUGUCACUACCCCAGCUACCACCCCAGCUGUUGUGACUUCUGCUUCUGCUCCAGUCUCCACUGUUGCUCCAACCAUUGCCAGUGUCACCUCUUUUGGUGGUGCCGCUAAGGCCGGCUCCGUCGCUGCAUUGGCUUUGGUCCCAUUGGCCUACAUGUUGUAA